UGUUAAAUGAGCACCAGCAUCCAAGCUGGUAGUAUCACAUGAUGAUUGACCUAAGAAUUUUUGCUUCAGUUGUAUUUGUCAAGAAUGUAAUGGACACUUGUAGAUUUGUAGAUACUGAACUCAUCUUCUCUGUGAUUUUUAGAUUCCUGAAGUCUCUCUUCAGGAAAAUGCUAACAGCUUAGAGUUUCCACAGGAGACAGAUUGUGCUUGUAUCUUUUUCCUUUUGUGGACUUGAAGAAGGUAUCAAGAAAUCUACAAGACCAGAACAGAGAACACAAUUCAUCUGGUACCAGAACUAUGUACCUGGACAACAAAGAUGAUGGUGCAAUUACCAGAAACAUAGAUAUGGAAUUGGACUCUCACCACAUGGAUGUGCUUGGAGAUGGAGCAACAGAGCCAAUUUCUUACAAUGUCAGCAAACUGAAACUCUUGAAGGAGAUCAUGAUUGGUCAGGGAGCAUCACAUCAACCCUAUCCAAGAAUUGCACAAGAGCCAGACCAGUGUAUUACUUUGGGGAAAGAAUUCAGUCCUCUCACUAUGCAACAGAGGUAUCAUUACAGUUUGCCAAAAUUCUUCAGCACAAGAUCAGAAGAUAACUGUUUUACAGAAAGGACUCCUCUGAUGAAAGCUUCCACUAAAAGCAAUGGGUUAAGAUGUACAGAUGUUCACAAUACAGAUUUCAUCACAGAUGAUGAGUCUUGGGAAAACAGUUCUGCCGAAUUUGAGCAGAGGUCUCAGCCAGGAAGUGAAAUGACCAGCUUGUCCAGAUCUGCUUCCUGCUCAGAAAAAUGUGAAAUAUUGGACAAUUUUCAUAUCAAAUUCAAUUUAUCCAAGAUGAGAUGCUGCUUAAAACUCCUAAAGGUUUCAUGCCUUUUUAUCUUUGUAGUUAUAUGCUCUAUUUUGUUUAGUAUUCAUCCUGAAAACAGAACAUCUUGGCAGAUGCUGGCUGUUUCACCUAUGGACAUUUACACUGGGAACUUUAGCAGUUUCAGUGAUUCUGCUCUUUUAAAGGUAGAACUGGGAGGGCCCUUUGUAACCGAGCGACAACCAAAAGACUAUAUUGUAGUUCAAAUUGGACAAAUAGAAGACACCAGUCCUAAAAGGAGACGUCAACAGCAAAUCUUAUAUAAUUGGACUCUUGCAUUAAAUCUGAAGAAAAAUGAGCAAGUUAUUGUGACUAGAAUCUUCGAGACAAUGAAUAGAAAAGAAAGCUCCCUAAGAAUCCAGGCAUUUCUUCAGGAAUCAGAAAUCAUUCCUCUUUCUAUGACACAUCAGUAUCUUCAUGCAAAUAUAGAGGCUCAAGUCACAAUAGCUUCAGUCAUUUUAGCAGGUGUUUAUGUUCUGAUCGUGUUUGAGAUUGUCCACAGGACAUUAGCUGCAAUGUUGGGAUCUUUGGCUGCCUUGGCUGCCUUAGCUGCAAUUGGUGAUAAGCCGAGCUUGAUCAAAGUAGUGGCAUGGAUUGAUUUCGAAACUCUGGCACUAUUGUUUGGAAUGAUGCUUUUGGUUGCUAUCUUCUCUGAAACUGGGUUUUUUGAUUACUGUGCAGUAAAGGCUUAUAGACUUUCUCGAGGUAAAGUGUGGGCCAUGAUUAUCAUUCUCUGUUUUUUUGCUGCAAUUCUAUCAGCCUUUCUGGACAAUGUUACUACGGUGCUCCUCUUUACUCCAGUAACUAUAAGGUUAUGUGAGGUGCUCAAUCUUGAUCCCAGGCAUGUUCUGAUUGCUGAAGUUAUCUUCACAAAUAUUGGCGGGGCUGCUACAGCUAUUGGGGAUCCUCCAAAUGUGAUUAUUGUUUCAAAUCAGGAACUCAGGAAGAUGGGGUUGGACUUUGCUGCAUUUACGGGGCAUAUGUUUAUUGGAAUUUGUCUUGUACUUCUGGUUUCCUUUCCUUUUCUACGGCUACUUUACUGGAAUAAGAAACUCUAUAACAAAGAGCCAAGUGAGAUUGUUGAACUGAAACAUGAAAUCCAUGUUUGGAAGCUGACAGCCCAGAGAAUUAACCCUGCAAGCAGAGAAGAAACAGCUGUGAAGUGCCUCUUAAUGCAAAAAGUUAGAACUCUAGAGUUUUUGCUAAGGAAAAAGCUCAAAACUUUCCACAGACAAAUCUCACAAGAAGAUAAAAACUGGGAAACAAAUAUCCAGGAGCUCCAAAAAAAGCACAGAAUAACAGACAAGUUGCUUCUCAUCAAAUGCCUGAUGGUUUUAGGAAUUGUUAUUCUCAUGUACUUUCUCAAUUCAUUUGUUCCAGGAAUUCAUUUAGAUCUUGGAUGGAUUGCUAUGUUGGGAGCUGUGUGGCUUCUUGUUCUAGCCAACAUUCAUGAUUUUGAAAUGAUUCUGAACAGAGUGGAAUGGGCAACCCUCCUUUUCUUUGCAGCAUUAUUUGUUUUAAUGGAGGCUUUGGCUCAUCUUCAUUUAAUAGAAUACAUAGGAGAACAAACAGCUUUGUUGAUAAAGGUAGUCCCUGAAGAACAACGCUUGACAGUUGCUAUUAUUUUAAUUCUGUGGGUCUCUGCAUUGGCAUCAUCUCUAAUUGACAAUAUUCCAUUCACUGCUACAAUGAUUCCUGUACUUCUCAAUCUAAGUCAAGAUCCUGAGGUUAACUUACCUGUAAAACCACUGAUCUUUGCAUUAGCCAUAGGUGCCUGUCUUGGAGGUAAUGGGACAUUGAUUGGAGCCUCUGCAAAUGUCGUUUGUGCAGGCAUUGCAGAACAGCAUGGCUAUGGCUUUUCUUUCAUGGAAUUUUUCAGGUUGGGAUUCCCCAUGACUGUCAUAUCCUGUACCAUUGGAAUGUGUUAUCUUCUUGUUGCUCAUGUUGUAUUGGGAUGGGCUUAAAUUUUAUAUGUUGAUUAUGUACUAUAUGAACAAAAUAUUCUGUCAAAUGUUUUCAGCUUUUGUUAAAUCUUUUGAACAAUGAAAGAAAACCAGAUUUUUUUUUUUAAAAAAAAUGUUCCAACUUGGCUUUCCAUCAUGUGCAAAAAAAUCUAGUUUCUGAAUGAAAUCAAGCAUUGAUUUUGGUAGGAAAAUUUUUUUAGUCUGUGCUCCCUAUUGAGACUGAGAUUACUAGAACCACGUGGAAUGCAAGUCACCAUAAUUUUACUUAAUAGGUGAUAACUCUAUGAUUACCAUGUCAAACUUUGAAGGGUUUGUACUAUUUUAUAUUGCAAUUGGAAAGAUUGUGGUCUGUAGAUGAAAUGGAACAUGAGAAAAGGAAGGAAGAGAUGCUGCCUAGGAAACAAUCAGACAAGAAAGGCAGGAGACCCCAAUGGCUUAAUGGUCAUAAAGACAAACUUACGAAGGACCCACAUUAAUGGGUCAAUCAGUCAAAAGUGUUUGCGGGAAGUUUGCGCCUUCAGAUUUGCAAGAUUCUGUUAAUGUAGCAUUACAAUAAAGUAGUAAUAUUUGCUGUUUGAUUUACCCAGGAGGGCUGAUAGCACAGUCAAGAAACUACCAUGUCAAAACUAGAUUAAAAUCCUCCCCUUUGAUAUGUCAAUUUGGGGUCUCUGGUUUAAAAAGGCACAGAUGAACAAAAGCCAUGUAUCCCUUUCAAUAAUGUGCUCCGGUCCUAAAUCAAUGUUCCUCUGAUGUAUUCCAGAUGGACUUCCUGAUAGUAGCUAUGGCUAGGUGAAAUGUAUAAAAGAUAAUUUUUCACAUUCCUGAAAUAAUAAUUUGGUAAGGUAAUUUGACUAACCAGACAUUUAAACUUUACCUUUUUAAAAAAUAUGCUUGAGGGUAAUGAAGAUGAAUAAAUGCUAGGUCUAUAUCUUCUGUAAAGAUCAUUAUGCAGUAAUAAUAAACUUUUCUGCAAUGGUUCAUCCAAAACAUUCUCAAAGGAGGGAGAUUUAUUAAUUAACACUAAAAUAAAUAUACAUAAUUUCAUAAUAAUCUAUAUUAGUUGAAGCAUGAAUGUGCAUGGGAUUAUAUUUUCUCUUGAAAUUUUGGAUUGCUAAAUUUUGUGUGUAGUCAUGAGUAAAAAUCUUGCUAUUACAGA